UAACAUUACAUCCUCCUCUUCCUCACCGUCAUCCACCAUCAACAAAAUGGCUGUCUGAGGGGGGUUGCCUCUGCGCAUGCUCAGCGCACCUCUGGCAGGAGGGCAGGGCAGGUAUCUGGCUGCAGCCUGUUGAGUGACAGAGACACUCCCGGCUCGGCUCAGACUCCAGCAUGCGGCGGCAGGAGGCGUGAGGAGACACCGACUGAUCAGAGCCCUGCUGCCCCGCCGCUCUCUGCUCGAACCCGGCUGCUGCGCGGAGGAUCUGCGCUGCUCUCUGACCGGAGACUUUCAGGAGAGUUUGUGAUUUUUUUUUUUUUUUAAAUCCUGCAGCUGCCGCACCGGAGCGAAGAGCGGCACAGACACAGACACCGCCCCGGACACAGGUGAGAGGAAACUUCGUCCGUCUCCAGGUGCAAGAAAUCAGGAUUUUGCGCACGGUUUUUACGCACAGGGGAGAGGUAUGGCUCUCCGGGGGAAGCUGGGAAUCUGAGCUCCCCGAGUCCGAGGAACUGGACUAACUGGACGCCGAUUUGUUCCUUCUUGUUACCCGCUUCACCAUCUUCUUCAUCUGCUCCGCUCCAGGUGCUUACAAUGUUCCAGCACAGCAAUAAUAAGAAAUGCUUCACCAUAGAGUCUCUGGUGGGGAAGGAGGCGAACAGUCACAGCCACAGCGGCGGCUCCGGGGAUGAGCCCAUCCGGCCCACGGCGCUCAGGUUCCCGGAGUCGCUGCACCCCGGAACUGCCGGGGUGUUCGGCUCCUGCUUCCAGGGGAGCAGCGGGAGGACUUUGUACUCGACCGGGCCGGACAUGGUGCUGCAGGAGCCCGGGACGCACACGCAGAGCCCCGGCGGGCUGCCGCUACACCCGCUGCAGAUCCCCCCGCAGAGCUUCUUCAGCCCGCAGCACCGGGAGGCGCUCAGCUUCUACCCCUGGGUGCUGCGGAGCCGCUACCUGGGACACCGCUUCCAAGGAGACGACGGCAGUCCGGAGAACAUGCUGCUUCACGGUCCGUUCUCCAGGAAACCCAAAAGGAUCCGGACGGCGUUCUCGCCAUCGCAGCUCCUCCGUCUGGAACGAGCCUUCGAGAAGAAUCACUACGUGGUCGGAGCCGAGAGGAAACAGCUGGCGAGCGGUCUGUGCCUGACCGAGACACAGGUGAAGGUUUGGUUUCAGAACCGCAGGACGAAGCACAAGCGUCAGAAGUUGGAGGAAGAGUCUCCGGAGGCGCAGCAGAAGAGGAAGGGCAGCCAGCACGUCAGCCGCUGGAGAGCAGCCACGCAGCAGCCCGGAGCUGAGGACGUCGACGUCAUCAGCGAGGACUAG